AUGGCCGAGACCGAACGUCGGCGUCGAAGGCCAGCCCUUUCCUGCUCUCUCUGCAAGCGACGCAAGAUCCGAUGCGAUCGAGAAAUACCCUGCAGCAACUGCCGGCGGUCCAAGAAGGAGAAUGAGCCUUGCGUCUACGAGGGUCUCCCGUCCCUCCAUUACGGCCUGGCCUCUAAGCCUCAGCCCCGAGAGCGAGAGCAUCACCCGUCGAUCCGGCCUGCGCUGGCUGGUGCUUCGACCCCGAGCAGGCAACCUUCCGCCCAGGAUGCCGGUGCCGGUGCCGAUGCCGAAUCCACGAAGAGCCGAAUCCGCCAGCUUGAAGAAGAGCUAUCUCAAGCUAGGCAAGCCUCUUCCAGCCGGGAUGCACCAAGGACGGGUCCAGGCCCAAUGCCACUGUCCCACGGCCAGCAUUCAAUGGGCUUCUUCGGCGACUUUCAGUUCAUCGACCGCAGUAACAGUAUCAUGCAUAAGACUCGUCUCUUUGGCCAGAGCCAUUUCAUCAGCGGAGUUGCAUUGUUCCGAGAAAUGGCAGAGAUGCUUGAGCCGCAUCUCCGAGAGGAGACAUGCAAGGCUGUUUCGGGCAUCCGAAGAUGUAAAUCUUUGGCCAGAGUCAUCAAAGCCUGCCGGACACCACGGUGGCCCUCGCCCCCAAAGCCCGACUUGCCCGCCCGGGCUGUUGCUGACCAGCUGGUUGACUGCUAUCUCCGUACGAGUGAGAGCGUCUAUCGAGUCCUGCAUAUCCCGACCUUCAGAAGAGACUAUGAGGCAAUCUGGGGGUCAGAGACCGAGCCCAAUCCCAAUGUGGCCUUCCGGGUUCAACUGAAGCUCGUCCUCGCCAUCGGGGCUGCCACGUACGACGAACAAUUCUCCUUGCGGGCGUCGGCAAUUCAGUGGGUGUACGAGGCACAAACCUGGUGUUCCCAGCCGGAGUUCAAGUCACGACUCGGCCUCCAAUUUCUGCAGACCAAUCUUCUGCUUCUGCUCGCUCGAGAAAGCGCCGGCGUGGGCGAGUCCAUGGUCUGGAUCUCCGCCGGUGCCCUCCUCCGAACAGCUGUGUAUAUGGGAUUGCACAGGGAUCCGGCCCAUCUGCCCAAGAGGUCGACGUUGGAGGCCGAGAUGCGCCGAAGGUUGUGGAACACGAUCCUGGAGAUCACCCUGCAAGCGAGUCUUACUUCUGGCGGACCUCCGCUUGUCUCUCUCGACGACUUCGACACCGAACCACCCGGCAAUUUCGAUGACGACCAGCUCGUGACCGAGCCAGAGAAUCAACUGCCCAAGUCGGAGGGCAAUUUCACCCAAGUGUCCAUCGCCAUAGCACUGCGCAAGACGUUUCCCGCCCGCCUUGCCAUUGCGAAGUUCCUGAAUGACCUUGCUUCCCGCGCCACGUACCCGGAGGUCCUCCGCCUUGAUGCAGAGCUCAGGACGGCAUACAAAGGCGUCCGUCGAACGCUCCAUGGAUAUAUUUCGAGCCCUGGGCAGUCGCCCUCGCCCUCUCCAUAUCAGAUACGGGUGGUGGAGUUCCUCAUCAGUCGCUACUUCUCGUCGCUUCACAUGCCCUUUUUUGGCGCGGCGUUGCACGAAGCAGCUUAUGCCUACUCUCGGAAGGCUAUGAUAGAUACCUCGCUCCGGAUUUGUCGUGCGGUCUGCCCAUCCUCGGCGUCCGGCAGCAACCCAGACGACUUGGCACGACUUGCCGUCUGCGGCUCUGGAUUCUAUCGCACCGUUCCUUUCCAGGCCGGAUACAUCAUAGCAGUCGAAGUCAGGACUCAACUUCAAGAGGAAGAAAGUCUCGACCCAGUCCCCCUACGACCAGAUCUGCUUUCCGUCCUGGAUGAUAUGAAGGAUUUUUGCUUGCGAUGUCACCGGGCCGGGGAGACUAACAUGAAAGGAUACAUGUUCAUGUGCAUUCUCACGGCUCAUAUUCAAGGGCUCGUGCAAGGCUUUGGGAAGGACAGGCUGACAGAUCUGCUGCUCAAGGCCGUCGAGGAAGCUGCAGAAACAUGUUUACCCAUCCUUGAAGAGGAGGCCGCAUGGGCCAAGGCACAGGCACAGGCACAGGUACAUGGCCAGCCUGGAGAGCCUGGAGAUGGACUGAAUCAAAUGGCUUUUGCCACGCCGCCUGACUCGAUGGAUGAUUGGGGCUUGACCUUGACGAUGUCAGAUGCCGACUUCCCUUUCACUGAAAUGGAGCCAAUGAGCUGGCUGCUCAAUGACGAGAUGGCCGAAGAUCUGCCUCUUUGGUGA